UAUCUUUGAGCUUGUGAAAUAAAAAUCCUUUUAUUUCUCUAGCUCUUUUUUUGGCUAGUUGCUUCAUCUAAUUUUUGUCAAAAAAAAUAUGGACAAGGUACAAAGAAUGACUAGAGAACAUGGAGUGUUGAUUUUUAGCAAGAGUACAUGUUGUUUGAGUUAUGCAGUGAGUAUAUUAUUUCAAGAUCUUGGUGUAAUUCCAUAUGUUUGUGAAAUUGAUCAUGAGUCUGAUGGAAAAGAAAUGGAAAAGGCCCUAAUAAGGAUGGGUGUCAAUAGUUCAUUCAUGUUUCCUGCUGUUUUUAUUGGGGGGCUAUUGGUUGGUUCUACUAAUGAAGUCAUGUCACUUCAUCUCCAAGGCUCACUUAUUAAACGUAUCAAGCCUUACAUAUCUGUUUUAAAAAGUAAUUAAGACCCCCCACUCGGGAGCUACUUGAAUAGCAGGCAGCACAUGUCCUGGUUCUGGUUCUAGCUGAUCCUUCCCAUGGUUCCAAGAGGACACCCCCCACCUCACCCCUAUUUCAAGAAAAGUUUGACAUUAAUAUUAAUUAGUACUAGUAGUACUACUAGGAACAAUAAAUAAAUUGUUGAGUUGAAGAAGUUGUAGUAUGAAAAUGUUACGUAAUUGUUGUGAAGAUGUGUGUGCCCUAGUUCAAAUUAUUAAAGAAUGUAUUCUCAUUUGUAUCUCAAUUAAUGGAAGUUAGUAUUAUUACUUAA